UUGUAAACAUUGAACAAGUUUCAAAUUUGUCACAAAACACCAAUGUUUCUGUGGUUCUUUUCACGUCUCGAGAUUUCUUCUGAUCCUUGCUUUUUUAACCAUCUACAUCUUCUUCUUUGCUGCUAGCAACCUCCUUUCUGUCCAUUGCUUAUCGUCCCUCUGUGUGCUUUACCCUGUGCCCUGUGUGACAGUCCUGUGUUCUUUCAUUUGUCUCGCUGGCACCAUACAUUCAUUCACUAGACAUAUACCAUAAUGACGAGUACCAUAACAGAUUCUCCCAAGUCCACGGUGAGAAGAACCACGCUGAGGUUCCCUGGCUCGCCCAGCAAGUCGAUGAAGCGUCAAGGCUCGACUCUCUCGUUGGCGUCGCCGACAAAGUUGAACGUUGUGAAGCCUGACUGGGACCACGAGAAGAUCUACCAGACCCUGAAGAGACAAGGUUCCUCGAGUGCUUCGCUGCAGACGACGACGGACAGAUUCAUACCUUCACGGUAUACCACGAGCAACAGCAGGGUCUCAACAGAACAGCAUCUGCCUCCUUCCAAUGCGUCCCCUUCGGAGCAUAUCAAGGCACAAUCGCAAAUCAUCUACAAGAGAUCAGUGGCCGAUGCGUGCGGUAUUGAGGUGGGACAGAGGAUAUUACAGUACCAGCCACCGCCUCCUGUCUCCAAGUCUCUUGUACAGAUGAACCAAAGCUCGAAUUUCUCUACAGCUUCCGCUGGAAAAGGAUCCAUGGGCCUGACCAUUGAACCUUUGCGGUCCAGAAAGAUCUCUUCAAACCCAGAAAGAGUAUUGGAUGCUCCUGGCUUGGUUGACGACUUCUACCUGAACUUGUUAAGCUGGUCCUGUGAAAAUCAAUUGGCAAUUGCUCUAGAAUCAAGCUGCUAUGUAUGGAAUGCAAACACAGGCUCAGUCCAGGUCUUGAGCGAUUGCGACCAUCUGAUCAGCUCUGUUAGAUGGUCCGAGGAUGGCUCAUAUUUGUCCAUAGGUAAAGAGGACGGCACUUUAGAGAUCUGGGAUGUGGAGUCCUCUACAAGGCUAAGAACCAUGAAGACACAUACCGGUGUUCGAAUUGGGUCCCAGGCAUGGUCUUCCCACUUGGUCUCCGCAGGCUCAAAGAGUGGUGAAAUCAUCAUCAAUGACGUGAGAGUUAAGAACCAUAUAACAAACACAUUGCAUGCCCACAUGGGUGAAGUCUGUGGCCUAGAAUAUAGGGCCGAUGGACAACAAUUUGCAUCUGGAUCAAACGAUAACACUGUGUGUAUUUGGGAUUCAAGAUCCUCAGUGGCACAGUUCACAAAGACAGCACAUACUGCUGCUGUAAAGGCAUUGGCAUGGAACCCAGAGAUCAAUUCUCUCUUGGCCACUGGUGGUGGUUCCUCCGAUAGACAUAUUCACUUCUGGAACACAACAACAGGUGCAAGGGUCAACUCCAUCGACACGGGCUCACAGAUCUCCUCGUUGUUCUGGGGCUCCUCCAACUCUUUUGGGCGUGAAAUAGUAUCCACUGGUGGCUACCCAAACAACAGCAUCAGCGUCUAUUCGUUCGACCAUAGGAUCAAAGUGGCUGAGAUUGAAAAUGCUCAUGACUCAAGAAUCAUCAGUGCCCAAUUGUCCCCAGAUGGCUCAACAAUUGCUACAGUAGGAGGUGAUGAGAACUUGAAGUUCUACAAAGUGUUCAACCAGAACAAAAAGAGAGAGCAAUCCAGUGCCAUCGCACAAGGCAAGCAGAUGUCCAAAAUAAUGACUAUUAGAUAAGUUAUGUAUUAGCAUACACUAUAAAAUGUACUCUUCAAC